UCAGAGCAACUCCCCCUCAGAGGCGUGCAGUCUUUCUCCGCAGACUGGGGACUCAUUCCGGCCAGAGAGGGCUAAAACACGAGAGAAGAGGGUCAGAAAAUAAAGUACAGACUGCAAUGGGGAUGAGCUGAACUGCAGAGAAGAGAGGACGGUCGCUUAACUUGCCCGUGUUAUUAACGUUAUGCGGGAGAAACACGACAGUUUAGCUUGCAACGCUCCGCGGCGACAGUGAUUUAACAUCAAAAACGUUAACGGCCAACGGUCGGAAGUACCUGAAUACCUGCAGUGUUUCGCACUAACGUUAGCCUCGGCUUGGUGCAAACAGCGGUGACAUUGAGAGACGAGGGGAGAUAUUGAGAGGCUGAGCGGGGGACAGUAGAAACGGGACGGGAGAAAGUUUCUCAAGCUUGGCGCAGACACAGCGGUUAAACAAUGCGGCUGACCCCGACAAAGUCCCUUUCAUCGGCAGCCCUGCUAAUCCUGCUGGUUGUCCGCUGGUCCGACAGCAUUUCAUUGUCUCCUCAAGAGGCAAACCAGUUUCUGAGCAGACACAGAAGAGCUAAUCAGGUUUUCGAGGAGACGAAGCAGGGACACUUGGAGAGGGAGUGUGUGGAGGAAAGGUGCACCAAAGAGGAGGCCAGAGAAGUGUUUGAAAACGACCCGGAGACUGACUACUUUUUCCCCAAGUACUUAGCUUGUAUGGACAAGUUUGGAGACUCUGAAAAGAAGAAACAGGAUCUGGUCACUUGUGUCCACAAUAUUCCAGACCAGUGCUCUCCUUCUCCCUGUAAUGAAAGAGGUACGGUGCGUUGCGAGGACAAAAAGGGCGACUUCCUGUGUCACUGUUUUACAGGCUGGACAGGAGCCAGAUGUGAGAAAGAUGUCGACGAGUGCAGCAGGAAAAAUGGAGGGUGUGAGCAUGAGUGUAACAACACUAUGGGCAGUUACCGCUGCUCCUGUCACCAAGGCUACAUGUUGGUAGGACGCCAGAUGUGUAAUGAUGUGGAUGAGUGUGAGGACACAGGUGUGUGUGGAACAGCACGAUGUGAGAAUAAGAAUGGCAGCUAUGAUUGCUUGUGUGAUAUUGGCUAUGUCUACGACAAUGAAACCAAGAGCUGUGUUGAUGUGGAUGAGUGCAUGGCAGGUGUGUGUGCUGAGGAGUGUCUGAACACUCCAGGGAGUUUCCAUUGCUUCUGUGAUGGUCGUCAGGGCAUGAAGCUGAGCCAGGACCUCAGGAGCUGUAAGCCUAUAACUCCCUGUUUGUCGCCGUCUCUGAAGAGGAACUCUCGUUCUCUUUACCUGGGCCGCAUGUUCAGCGGUGUGCCAGUGGUGAGGCUGCGUUUCCGCAGGAGGAUUCAAACUGGCUUUUCAGCAGAAUUCGACUUCCGCACCUACGAUCCUGAGGGGGUGAUCUUCUUUGCUGGAGGUCACCUAAACAGUUCCUGGAUCGUACUGGCAAUGCAUCAAGGGAAGCUGGAGCUGCAGCUGAAGUAUGGCAUAGUCAGCAGAGUCACCAGCAGCGGACCCAUCGUCAAUGACGGCCAGUGGAGAAAGAUCUCGGUGGAGGAGCAGGGCCGCAGUCUAGUGAUUAAGAUUGACAGGGAGGCUGUCAUGAAGAUCGCAGUAAAUGGUGAUCUGUUUACACUAAAGAAAGGCAUGCAUGAACUCAACCUCACCGUGGGAGGAGUCCCUUUCAGAGAGGAUGGCCUCGUCAAUCAGGUGAACCCACGUUUGGACGGCUGUAUGAAAGAGUGGCGGUGGCUGACAGGUGAAGACACCUCCAUUCAAGAAACCAUUCGGUCUAAUGACAACAUGCAGUGUUUCAGCACAGAGGAUCCUGGAGCAUACUAUCCCGGCACAGGAUUUGCUCUCUUCAACAUCAGCUAUGAAUCACAGAACCUGAGUGUCCAGUUGAAACUGCGUCCAACAUCUGCUAUCGGAGUGCUGUUUGUACUUGUGCACCAGGACAGAGUCCCUCUCUCCAUCGCUCUGGCCGACUAUCAUCCUGGCACCGAUGAAUGGCGAGAUUUUGUUCUGGUAUCCGCAGGUGAUGCCAUCAUUGCCAGCUCCCCUGCUCCACUGUGUGAUGGUGAGAGUCAUGAAAUCCAGGUGACAAUCUCAGGCAACCAAACCUUACUGCUGGUCGAUGGCCAGCCUGGACGAAGUGAAGACACCCAAGUUCCUACUGACCUCCUGUCUCAAUCCAGCACCUUCAUAGGAGGCCUCCCUGAUGACAUUCCUCUGGUGUCCACACUGGUGUCAGCGCCCUACAGUGGAUGUAUGGAGGUCAGUGUAAAUGGACAGUCUCUGGACUUGGACCAGGCCAUCCAUAAACACAACGACAUCCGCUCACAUUCCUGCCCCCUGCUGGACUCUCACCAGUGACCAGCGUGUCACUCUGCCAAAAUUGAUCCAUAAGCAGUUGAUUGAGGCAAUGGGGAUGAUAUCCAAUAUAUUUAUAAAAGCUUUGAGCAGUGGGGAGAUGUUUUAGAUUGGAAUGUAAAAAAAACUAGACCCAGGUAUUGUGGUGCAGGUGGAGCCUUAGCCCAGGAUCACCCUGUCCUUUUACUGUGAUGGCACUGCUUCCUAGAGGCAUUUGCAGGGAUUUUCACGGUAUUGUAAAUCAGUAGGUUAGUUAGUUAGCCAAUGGGCAACAUCCCCUGUACUAGGCAGAAGAGUUGGGAAUAAAUGCUGCACAACAUUGCCUCAAGAACUGCCCAUGUAUCACAGCCUUGUAAGCCCACAAGAACACACAGGGCCUUAUCCAGAUCUAUGUUAAAUAGUGGGUCUUGGGUCAGGCAUCCUGUGCCUGGCAUACGCCUGGCAUCCUGUGCUUAUAUGCAGAUCUGGCUGGAACUUUGUAGGCAGAGUGACUCUUCACUGCAGCAACUCAGCUGAUAGAGCUGUGGUCAUGUUGCUUACAUCCAGUUCACCUAAGGCCCACGCUCACAAAGCUUGAAAUAAUCAAGUGCUAAUGUAGAAUCUGAUGAAAUGAAAAAAAAAAAAAUGGGGACCAGCUAAAAAAGUCCUACAUCAGCCGAGAAACUGUGCAAACAGGUGGUCAGAUCUUUGUGAGUGUUUGGUGUAUAACGAUUUAGGGGUUGAUUGGGGACUAAAUCAAUAUUAUUUGCUCCUAACAAGCUGAAUGCCCUCCUUCACCAGAGCAUGAAGGUGUGGUAUUAGGCACAACUUUGUGUUCUGUAGAAAACCUUGCACAUUGUUGCAGGUAGAAAUGGACUGCCACGUGAAGCCAUUUUCUUGAUUUCCAUUCGACGAAAGCAGCACUCCAUGUCUGCCUGCAACCUUAAAAAUCAACCGUGUGCCUACAAAAAAUAACCAACCCAAACUUCUCGACAGCUUCCCUCUAAACAGGUGAACCGUUUCACAAAGGUGCAGUACUGUAACACACAAACAGAGCUAACACUUUUCCUGAUGAAAUGUUGUACUCAUUACAUCUAACACACUAUGCAUUUCCACCUGUGCAUUUUGAAGUAUUACAGUCUGUUAAAGAACUGACCGACAACCUGAUUCUCAAGAAUCUUUAAUCUGACUUCAUCACAAAGGCCCCUUCUUUCCCUCAGAAUCACCCACUCACAGUUAAUACCUGCCAUAUACAAUUUGAGGAUGAUAGAUUAGUCACAGAAGCACAGGGAGACAGGAAGGGGCCCGCUCCAUGAAGGAGAGAGAGCACUGCAUCAAUCGCACCACACAAGCUACUGAAAGUAAAAAGAGUGCGCUGUAAAAUACUGAAUAUGUAAAUAAUGUGACUGUACAAUGCUUUAUAGAAGACAAAAAACAAACACUACCUUAUGCUCACUGAGGUUUUCUGCACAUUUAAGUUGAUCCAAAGUUAAACACUAAUCCAUGAUUCUUUUCUUGAAAUGGGAAUUGGGAGACUGUGAGAGCAAUAGCCAGGGAUCAAAGUACCGUAACUCUGUAGGGACUGAGUUUUUCAUUUUAUAGGUGCUGAGCAAAUCAAAACACAAUAAAAACAAAGAAUGUCAGAGGAGCAUUGCGAUUGAGAAUGCCAAAAGGGCUCCAGUGUUAUUUUACUUUCCUCUCUAAUGUUUCGUUUUCUAGUUUUCUGAUGAAUGAAUGCCAGAAUAUAGAGCUUGACGUUUUAAUUUUUUUUUUAAUCAUGUGUUGUAUAUUGAACUUCUCUUUAGUUUUUAUUUUUCAUGUUAACUGCCAGUAUGUGUACAAUGCUGAGAGAAGUCUGCCUUUUGAGUUUUAACUUCCUUCAACAGUGAAAAUCCUAUUUAAAAACAAAAAUAAAAGCAGUUGUAUGAACAUUAUAGAGUAAAAUUGUAUUUUCAAAAAAAAUGUUUGUAUGCUGUGUGGUUAUGUUAAAGAUAAACUUUUCAUGUCCUGCUCCGUGUGUGACAUGUCAUUAUUGUCCUAAACUCAAGGUUUACUUACUGAACUAGCUUUUGACGAUACAGCUUGUAAAAAACGCUCUUUAGCAAAUGGAAGUUUCUAUGGUAUCUUCACAUAGUAUAAAUA